AUGGACUCUGUGCUUCAAGCGGGUACUUCCAGCUACUCUGCAAAGGAGAUGGUUCUGGUGUUUGCCAGUGAUAUCAUCACAGCGGGUGGCGCCAUCCUAGCAUGGAUCACCAGCAAGCAUUGCUCAAACCACGUGAACUUGCGCGCGGAUGCUGACCGCUGGACGCGCCAGGAGUAUGGCUGCAAGUCCGAGUACUUCCACUACAGGGCGACCAAUGGAGACUGUGGCUGUGCCACAGAUACCUGCGACGAUCAAACUGACAAUUGGUUCUGGGCCAUCUAUGUGGUAGAGAAAGGUGCAACUGCGACUCCUCUGGUGCCGAUACCAUCUCCUGUCUAUUCAUUGGUGCAAGAUGGCCACCACUGCCGUGAACAGAUUGGGAAUGAGCAGCGCCAUUCGACGACGAAUCCUGCGAUUUCUGACGACGAAGGUGGCGAUUUCGAGGGUUUGACGACAAAUCCUGCGAUUUCUGACGACGAAGGUGGCGAUCUCGAGGGUUUGACGACCAAUCCGGACUGUGGCUGCGCCAGGGACGACUGUAACGAGAAGACGGAACAGUCUAACUGGGCCAUCUACAAGUCCACUGCGCCUCAUCUUUGGAAGAUGGGGGCCCUCUGCGAUGACUAUAUCAACCUGCGAGCUUUUUCGCUCUGGAGCAUGCCGGGCUCCCUCGAGAGCUGUCGUGAUCUGGCCGCAGCGCGCACCGGCAAUGAGUGUUCUGGUACCUAUUUUAUGUAUGCCAGCCAUCUCGGCGACUGCGUUUGCGCCACGAAAGACUGCCAAGUCCAGACUUCCGACGAGAGCUGGGACAUCUACAUCUUGAACGUGAUGCCGACUGCGAGUGCCAGCAGAAGCGUCGAGAAAGAGAGCUUGUUCACAUUGGGCCUCGUGAUUGCUUUCCUCACCCUCUGA